AAAAAAGGAUGCAGAGUGCUGUGGAAAUGGUGUAAAGACAUCAGGAAUCAUUUCUGGUAUUGCUGCCAGCAUACUGCCACAGUGGAAGAGUUUAUGGUAAAUCCAUGUUAUUAACAACCUUAUAUGUUAUUGGUAUUGAUAUUCUCUCAUGCCACAUAAUGAGGCAUUUAUUUGUCUAUAUUUACAGAUGCAGUGGGGCGGUGUCUUGCACCACGUCAUUAACGAACAUGAGUGGCAGAUUCGUGGUGCUGACGGGGACUGUGUAGUUCAUUGCAAUCAUGAGACACUAGGGAAAGAUCGGACAACUCCAUGGAUAGAGCCGGGCAGCAAAGCGUAUGAGGCAUUGGAGAAAGUAAUUACAGACCCUAAAUUCCUUCUAAAUAUUCGUCACUUCCUGCGUUACAGGACCACAGCAGACCUGGAACAAUUCCAUCAGCACAUUUUAAUGUAUUCUUCCAAACGAUACUCAUACUCAUAUCCCGUCUAUUGCGCACGUAAUUAUCUAGCAGCAAUAGACCAUAACAUCCAUCUUAAUCGGAACUACCUCAAGACCAAGCAAGGGAAACAAGUGUACCAUCGUAAGUUCAACCGAAACACCUGCCGUUGGACAAUUGUACGGAGGAAAGUUAGAAAAGAAUAUGGUUACUUUGACAUCUUCAAGAAAAAUAUUAUUCUUAAACGACUACAAUCAACAAGCACUGUUAACACACCAGUUGUACUAGCUGCAGGUGAUCCUCGUUGUAUUCAAUCGACAAUUGCACCAGUACCUCCCCCAUCAACCAGCCUUCUAGUCAUGAACCAUGCCUCGCGUUUUCCCGGUGGAACACAGGGUUUCCAAGGCCCUAAAUCAGAUGUGUAGAUUCAGUGUAUAUGGCAUGCAAAGCCUACAGUUGCUCCCAACCAUGCACUUACUUUAUCAUGAAAAAUAACAACAGCAUUGCCCUUACAAGUCAAACUGAUAUUGCUAGUGGAUCAAACCGGGAAAAUCCAAGAUUUCCGUCUACUGCCAGUGCCUCAGCAGCUACUCCAAACAACUCACAACUGGUGCAACCAAGAUCAAGUUCAACAAGAGUGUGUGGCAACGUAAGCACCAGAAGAAGAAGAAGAAGAAUAACAGCGAACAGUAUUGGACACAUAAAGGAUCAAAUUCAAGCACUUACAAGAGAGGAACUUCAAGAUUUAUGUGUAACUAUAGCGGAAAUGAAGCCAACACUUAUCAGUGAUCUUCUGCGGGCCACUUCCAAUGCCAUCCGCCAACCCUCUACAACACAGUCACGGCACAAUGUUCCCGAAUGGUGUGUUUGCACCAACUGUAGAGUAAUGCCUACAGAAGUGGAGAGUGUUUGCUGCGGUUAUGAUCCACAAGACUGCAUAUCAGUUCUGCAGGAAAUGCAGGAAUGUGUUCUGCCCAGAAGUGUUCUUCAGAUUGCACAUGCUUAUCGAACUUCUGUAUUUGGUCUGCCACAGGAAGCAGAUGAAAAUAAGCGAAACCGUCACACCGCAUACCGGCAGUUCACAUUGUGGAGGUAUGGCAGGCUUGGAAGUAGAGUAAGAAGACCCAUCCCGAGCUGCUGUAUAUGGCGUAUCAGGGAUAAAUAUCCCGAUCCUCAGGGGUCCUAUACCGGAUUCCGGCCAUCAACAUUUGAUGAUUGAUGACAUUUCAUGUUUGUGUUUACUUUAUUGUUUUCUCUGUAUAUAUUUGUAUUUUAGCCCCGUGUUAUUCAUGUCAGUUAUUCAGUCAUCAUCCGUGUACAACCUUGAUUUACUCACCAUAAUAAAAGUACUAAACAAAA